UGGUGUCCCUUCAUCUUUCAGUCAGGUAUGGAGAUGCACAGUCACUGACCUGCAGAGCCACAGGCGCUGUCGACAGGUGCAGCGACUGGUUGCAGUCGCCUGCUUGCUCGGUUACACGGGCGUAGAUCUUCAUCUUCGGGCCAGCUGAGUUUGUUCGUCAAAGAUCUCUCUGCAUGGUGGUCGUACUAUGUGAAUGUAUGGAGCGGCGGCAAUGGCACCGUCAACCAGGCAUGGUACUAGUGCCGCCGUGCUCGGUGCGACUACGAUCUUGCUGUUUCUCGUCGCUCUACAACUGCUCGCCUUCCACGCAGCCGGAAGGGAGGUUGUGGUGGGUGGGACCACCAUGUGGUCCCCAUCAUCCAAUUUGGACGAAUGGACAAAGAACACCCGCCUUGAGGAGGGAGAUGUGGUGAUAUUCAAGUGGAAUGCUACCACGCCUGAUGAGAUGGAGGUGCAUGACCUGGUUCAGGUUCUGGAUUUGGACCGGUUUGACCACUGUGAUCCUGACGAAGCAGCCGAGAUCGCUCCCCCAGACGUCCGCAAUCCUGGCGUACGCGUCAACGUCACAAAGCAGCCUCAAUACUUCAUGUGCAGCACUCAUUACCACUGCCCACCGGAGAGAGUGGUCAUCCAAGCCUACAAUGCUGCUGCAGUUGGCUCUCCUGCCAGGACUUCUACGGGACCUCAAGAAGAAGACGGUAAUGGGACCGUUCCAUCUCUCCGGUCAAGAAACAGUGGCUUUCUCUCAUCCGAUGCUGUAUCGCUUGCCUCACUUUAUCCCAAUCAACUUCAUUCUUUCACUCAUCUCAUGGGAACGCGGUGGAUUACGGUGGUGGUCUUGGCCUUUCUCGCGGCUUACCCAGAGUGAGAUGACCCGGAGCUUCAGAUCUGAUGAUUGUUAAACAACCAGUACUUGGCCCAGCUAUGGGCCGUGGGAAAAAUUAGAGUAGAAAUGUUUCUAGUCGGAUGAAUUUGGGCGCUCCUGUAGUGGCCCGUACAUUUCCUAAAAUCAUGGCUUGUUAACGGGCACAACUUUAGGAAGUACUGGUGGUUUAAUGGACCACUUUGCCAAGUUCAAAAAGGCAGCAAAAGCUUGAGAGAGCAAGUGCACUUGCAACAAAUCGACCACUUUGCC